GAGUGGAUGUUGUAAUAAACCGAUAAACAUUUUAUCAAAACAAAAUUCGACAAAUAUUAAGUUUAUCUAGCGCACUUUAGUAAAGAUAAGCUCGUACAUUCGAGUGCUGUAUUGCCUAGCGGUAAUGGAAAGUAGACGUGAUUUUACGCUUAAGGUCGAACUUUUAUUUAAUGUAAUGCCUAUUGAAGUUCUGAUUGAAAUAAUUUUACACCUGAGAUAAAUUUAAUAUGAAAUGUUCGUGUAUAUGGACGCAAGUAUAAACGGUGCGCAACUUCAAAGAAAACGUUAUCAAAAUAUUGACAGUCAUCGAAUGAGGUGCUCUGUCUAUGUCUUUUAAUUUAUAUGAAAAACUUUGGAAAUUUGGAUCUUGUCAAAUCGAAAGAGGAAGUUUAUUUCAGUAUUAACAUGAUACAACAGAUGCCAUGGCUCUGGUUGUAGCAAGUAUCGAUUUCGGCACCACCUUUUCCGGAUGGGCGUAUUCCUUCGUACACGAUCAUUACAAUAACCCUGCUGAUGUAAAGUCCAGAAACUGGAAUUCGGGAACUUUUAUAACUUGUAAAGCACCGACGUGCGUGCUGAUUAAGGCAGAUAGAAAAACAGUCGAAGCCUUCGGCUACGACGCAGAAACUAAAUAUGCGGAGCUCGCUGCAGAAGAAAAUCACAAGGAUGUUUACUUCUUUCAGACAUUUAAGAUGAAGUUGUUCAAUAAUGAGAAAACCAUAGGAAAAUCUACGCUGUUGGAGGACGAAACUGGUAAAAAACUUAAGGCGUUGACCGUAUUCUCGUUAACCAUCAAAUAUCUCAUGGACGAUUUGAUGGAAAAUCUCAAUAAGCAAGUACAAAAUGGCGUGGACAAAAAUUAUAUCAACUGGGUUCUAACAGUGCCAGCAAUAUGGGACGAACAUGCAAAACAAUUCAUGAGGACCGCAGCCAGAGAGGCUGGAAUAGAAGUGGGUCAUCUCAACCUUGCACUGGAGCCCGAAGCUGCCUCCAUCUACUGCCGUCACAUUAAAAUGUCAAGAAAUGAGGAUUCCAGUAAUGCCGAUAUUUCAACCUUCCAGCCUGGCACGCGGUACCUGGUUUGUGAUGCGGGAGGCGGAACUGUUGACAUCACAGUGCACGAGGUGACACCAGAUAUGAAACUGAAAGAGAUAGAGAAAGCCAGUGGCGGGGCGUGGGGAGGUACAAUGGUCAACGAAGCCUAUAAGAAGUUCAUUGAUACGUUGGCAGGAGGCGCGGUUAUGAAGGUUCUGAAAGAAAAUCACAUGGACGAUUUCAUAGAAUUGUUGAGGUCAUUCGAAAUCAAGAAGAGGGAGUGCAAACCGUCAGCAUCAGGAAGCGUAGUUUUGAGAUUUCCAACAACGCUAAAUGAAGUUGUCAACGUUGUUACAAGGAAAAGCUUCCAAGAACAAAUUGAACGGUCGCCAUUUAAGAAUCAAGUGCAGCUAAUCAAAGAUAAGCUAAAAUGCGAUGCAAGUGUCGUAUCAUCGCUUUUUGAUGGACCUGUUAAAAGCAUUGUUGACCACCUAACCACACUAGUGUCAAAGUUCCAUGACAAUCCUAUCAACCACAUUGUCAUGGUGGGUGGAUUCUCUGAGUCACCAUUGCUACAGGAGGCAGUGAAGAGUGCUUUUCCAGGAAAGCACCUGACCAUACCACAGGACGCCGGACUGGCCGUAAUGAAAGGCGCAGUUAUGUUCGGACACAACAAACGUCAGAUCGAGUCCAGGAUCGCACGAUUUACUUAUGGCAUAGCCGCUUUUAAAAAAUUCGAUCCAGUCAUUCACCCUGCAGACAAAGUCAUUUGUGCAGGGACUAAUCAAGGACAAGUAGAUAACUGCUUUUAUAAGUUUGUUGAAAUUGGACAAUCUGUACCGACAGACGGAUCCACUACAGCAGGCCGAUCCUUUCGAAAGGAAGCCCAGACCGCUGUUGUUUUUGUGUAUGCUACGAAGGAGAAAAAUCCUGUUUUUAUACACGAUCCUGGGAGCUUCCAAAUAGGAUCCUUUGGUGUGAAUUGUAAAGACAAGCACGGGAGCAUCUCGGACUUCUCACUUAAAAUGUACUUCGGUGGAACAGAAAUAAUAAUCAAAGCCGAGCUCAAAACAACCGGUGAAGAAAUAACGGCUACGUUCGAUCUACCUGAUUAAUUGAAAAAAAUAAAGCUAUGUACGUUUAGAAUGAAAUAAAUGUGCGCACUUGUUAUAAUUUAAGCAAAAAACAAGGAACUGCUAAGUGUUACAAUAUGACAUAAAGAGAAACAAAAAUACGACAGUAUUUGGAAUGAUUUUUUUCAUGAAAACCAUUUGUUGAAUUUCAGACGAUACUAUGAUGCUUGUUUAUGUACCUGAACUUUUAAGAAAUUAUUUCUUAAUUUUGAUACUCCUUACAUCUGUGGUUUAUCAAUUUUUAACAUUGUAAUGAAAAUGACUGUAAGUGUAACAGCAUAAUCAUAUUUUUGCAGACUGCAAAGGCUAAUCUGGAACGACACUUUACGCACAUGCAUUAAGUCCCGUUUUCACAGAGCGCGGCUCAUAUAUUUUAGAAACUAGUAGGUUUAAGAGUUGUGUUUUGUUCGUAAAAAAACAUAUAAAAAGUGCGCAGCAUUUGUACAACAGAUAUAAACAUGUAAAAUGCUGAGGCAUGAUUGAUAAUUGUUAUGGUAUGUCAGUGAAUUGUUUCUCCUAAUUUGGUGCAAAAAUUCGGCCCAACCUACUUUUCAAAGGUAUUAAUUUUUUCCCCUAUAAAGACUUGAAAAUUCCACUCCCAAUUAAUGAAGCUUUAAAAAACUAAAUAUAGACAUAAAUUGACUUAAUAAGAGACAUUAAACAAAAUAAUCCGUGCUAUUUUCAUCAACACAAGAUUGAACAUAAUAUAAUUUAGCAUUUCGAUCAAAGUAACGGAUUAACAUUUUAUAACAAAAAAGAAUCUGCAUAUGAUACCCCCUUUGUCAUAUAAUACCCCUAGCUAAAUGGGCACGCUACCAAUCCAUUUAAGGUAAAAACAACGCUUAUUAAAAUUUGGACUGUCAUUGUCUUGACUGUAGUUGACUCCUUAUUUCUUAGUGUGUGUAUUUGUUUGUUAUGUUUUUCACUGUGUUUGAUAUAUAUCACGUUGGUCAGCAUUUUUGAGUAAAAUUAAAGGGGCCUUUUCACAUGGCAUGUUUUGAAGUUUGUCAUUAAAUGCUUUACAUUGAUAAAUGUAAACAUUACAUUUUAAAAGCUCCAGUAAAAAAUCAAAAAUAAAAUUUAAAAAAGGAAAAACAAGUAGCCCGCAGCAGGGCUCGAACCAGUGAGCCCCGGAAUCCUCAGGUAAAAACGCAUUAGCCCACUGAGCUAUCCUGCCAAGCAUACAUAAGAUGUGUAUUUUUACGUUAUAUAAGCAAUCUUCGUAGUUUCACAAAUUUAAACGACAACAACCGAACUCUCCAAAUUAUUCAAUCGUUUCGCGUUGCAACACUAUAUAUUUUUUAGGUUUUUAAAUCGUCAAAAGAUGCAUAUAAUGGCUAUAUUAGACCAUGGCAAAUGUUCAAUAAUACUGUUUCACAAAUAUCAUAACUAAACCGAAAAUUUGCGAAACAACUUUUUCAAAUUUGUCAAUAUACCAAACAGUGAAAAGAUCCCUUUAAGGCCCCUUCCAAAACACAAAAAGCCUAUAUUUUUCUAAAUGACUGCCUUAAAAUUUCAAAUAGAAAGUGUCUUUUUUUAUAAGUCCGUAUGUUCAGUACAUCCUCCUAUCAUGCUGUUAUGUAUUAAACUUUAGCAAAGGUAAUGUUAGAAAUACCCUUCGUCUAAAUUUGAGUAUGUGAUAAACAACAUUAAUAUUUCACAAUUUGAGUCGAAAAAAAGCAGUUUUCCCAAUCCAAAAGAUUACAAUUUUUUUCCAAAAAUAAGGGACAAAACACUGGUUAGUUAACAUCUCCUGACUUAGCUGGUUUACCUGUACUAAGUGCACAUACUGAUGACAGUAACUGACAACUUCCCUACCUAAAUCAGAGGAAGAAAGGAUUGUUUUACCAAUCUCGACACAAGUUUUAUGAAUUACCAGAAUGGAUGUACACGCAGAAAUGUAUAUUUCUUGUAGGAAAAAAGAAGUCAAUAUAUUCAAUUUUGUAAUAUAACAGUAAAUUGCAAAUAACUUUUGUUGUUGGACCAUUGCAGUCCAAGUCCAUUUUUCGCAAACUGUAUGGAACUUCACAAAAAUACAUCAUAACUUUCUCAAAGCAUACAUAUCGCUUUUUUAUUAAGCUCUUAGUAUGUUCCUGGAUUGUUAGAAUAUUGUGCAGCUGAUUUUUUGCCUUCGCCAUUUGUACAUGGAUAUCUUCGUGUUUUAUAGCGUGGCUUUGGCAGUACCGGUGACAUGCAGGUGGGUUGGGAAGGGGGUAAAGCAGCAAUCUCUUGCACGACGGUUAAAUUACAUUCACGAGAGCAAAGAACGACAAUUCGGCAUGGAGAUUGGGUAAAGCCUACGCACUAGUUUCAGAACGUUGCACUGGCGAUUGUGGAGUUUCGGGGUUUUAAUGGUUUUCGUUGGUGCUUUUGUAAUUAUUAAUUAUUUAUAGUUCGUCAAAUGUCAUGCGGUGUAUUUUUAUAUGUUUUGCAUGUGCAAUUGCCAUGCGGAAUGUCACGUUCGACUGUGUUAAAUGAUUGUGCCGGAAGGCUAGUAGAUUUUAAAAACUACUCUCACUGCGAUUAUAUGGUAUUGAAUUUGUCGCACACAGUUCAGAUUAGUAGGCCUAUUGUACUAACAACAUUCUGUUGUUCACUUUGAAUAACAAUUACAACGUUGUUUGAAUCAUUAUAUUACUAUGUUGUGUGUGUUUUAAUGCAGUAGAUUUUUUUUAGUUCAGCUACAGGCCUUCAUUAAUCCAAAUUAUUUAUUUCAACAGCCAAAUUUCACAUCGUGUUUCGGUAUAUUCAAUGCAUUUAUACUGGAUAUAUGCAGCAUUUAAUAAAUUAUGCCACAUGUGA